UGCUCAAAUAAAGGCAAACGCUCAGUCUAGAUAUAUUAUGUCUAUGGUCAAGGCGUUCCGCGAUUUUCUGCAUACACCGUUCCGCUCUUUGAGUUUGUACCCUAGGACCGUAACCUAACCUAACCUAACCUUUAUGAUUAUUGUGCUACUCCGGUGGCCGGUCUCAUUGCUCUCGGAUUCUCUUUGAUGUGAACAAGGAGUAAUUCUACAGAAAUCAGAAAACGUAUUGGUAGUACGUAAAAUAUCAUGAAGCGGAAACAAUUUGACGAGUUCUUGGGGGGAAACCAGACGCUCCCACAUGAGGUGUCUAUUAUGAAUUUUGUUUCUUCACGAGCCCAUGAAAUUUCUGCGAUGACAUCUUUGAUAGAGCAUCCUAAGCAAAACAGGUUAAUAUUUCAAAAACUUCCUGUAUAUAUGCGUAGACGCGUUAUGUCUCAUAAUGUCAAAAGAGUGCCGCGUAGAUUACGAGAGGCGCAUUUGGCGCAAAUGAAAAAGUCGGAGGACACCAAAAACUUAAAACCAUCUCGAAAAUGUCGUAGGAGAACGCGUAAUUUACAUUCGGAAUUUAAUCGCAGACAAUGCAACAAAGUCUGGUUGGAAACGCACAUCUGGCACGCAAAACGUUUUCACAUGAUCGACAAAUGGGGAUACAGAAUUGCGAGUCAUCCAAACGACAAAUGUUUUAGAGCUAACUAUCGAGCCGCCGCAAAAUAUUGCCUCCUACAAGAUAUUUCUUACUACACUUGCGUUGAAAUAACAGGGAGAGAAAGUUUAUUGAAGACAACUUUGAGAGCACACUGCAAUCCGUCAACGUUAACUUUUGCAGCGAAAAGAUAUAUCAGUGGUCAUAGGGAAGGUACUCUGAUGUUUUUCAAGAAAGAUGGUUAUCCACGCUUUCCUAUUGGUAAUGUCAGCUUUAUCUGGCAACCAAUUAAAUCGGACAACCAAACUGAUGUUAAAACUAUUUGGAUCUGGGUACAUCCUGCUUUUUACGAGGAUUUUCUUAGUGAGAUUAUGUCAAGUUUUGAAUUUAAGAGAAACAAUGCUGAACAAGAUGCAGCUAAUGCUAUUCAUAGUCCGAAUCACUUGUACACGAAUGAUGCAGGUUGUAAAAUGAUUGUAUUAAGGAACGUAUUGAAUAGAUUUCGGCUUUCUGGGCCAUUGACUCUAAAUGUCUUGAUGAAAGCAUUACGAUUGCCGGCCUUAAAUAAAUUAGACCUUUGCCCAGGUAACACUGUUUUAAAAGAAAACAAUAGUUCGUCAAGUAGUGAAAUGAUAGAUACGAGAAAAGUGUCACUAGACAACAACGUUGUGCAACCUACAGAGAAGAUGGUGAUUGACGAAAUGAGUGAAGAAAAUACAUCAAUUUCCAAACAUUUGAGUACAAAACUUAAUAAAAACACAUGGUAUAUUGAUUACUAUACAAAAGAAGAAAAUAUGGAGGCUUUCAAGGUGCAAGAAAAAUUAUGGCAAGUACUGAAGUCUUCAGGAUCGCCAAAUCAUUUGCCAGCAAAUAUGAUUGUUGGAGCGACCGUCUUAGAUCCACGCUUUUGCUUGCCUGAGAAAAGAACAAAAUGUAAUACUGAAGUAACGGAAACAUCUCGAUUAAGUCCAAUUGAUUGGCCAAUAACGUGUUCCAAUUAUUCUUCUAUUUGGGAUGCAGAAAUACGUGAUAUUGUAAGCAGUUCUUGUAUGUCCACGAGCAUAAUUAAUAAGAUCAGAGGUGGAUGUCUUGUACCUGGUGUGUCAAAUGACCAACAUUUUAAUGAGGAUAUUAUAGCAAAAAUACCUAUACUUCUUAUUCAGAAACCUGGAACUAUGACAGGUUUUGGUUCUGGUAUAGAUAUUAUUGUACCAGCCAGAUGGGCAAUGCCGUUUUGGCUUGCAUUCUUAAUGCAAUGUGCGAGAGUAGGUGCGCUUCGAGAAUCAAAAUCGAUAGCCUUUGAAAGUUUGAAUCUAGAUACACCUGAGAUUAACGAACCUGAUAGUCCUGCGUAUACGAGGGAGGCAUUAAUUACAAAAGAGGAAUUGACUAAGAAAUAUUUCCGUUAUCCGCCAAAUAGAAGAGUUAAUUUUGUCAAGCUUAGAAUUUCUAGCCCUUUCUUUUGCGACUGGGUAAAUUUGACAAAAGAAUGGUCGGGCAACGAGGUCUUUUAUGUUUUAAGGAAUCGCGAACUCUUGUUACUUUUACAAGCGGGUAUUUGUCCUGCCAAAAAUAGAAAUAUCAAAUUACUUACCCAAAGUACGCAAUCGGAUAUUCCAAAUUUAGAUGAUUAUAAAAAUUGUUUGGUACGCGUCCAGAUAUCUAUGAUAAGAAAAGGGGCACCAAAGAAAUUCGCCAUCAUAUGCAUGCCGACAUUGGAAGAUUUAAAGAAGUUCGAAAACAAUAAGAAAUGUCUUGGGCCAAUAGAGAAAUGUCACAAUGAUCCGAAGGAAAAAACUCGUAAAACAUUACGAAAGAAUCAUUUGAUACUUUUAAAACGUCUUAGGCGGCAAAGAGUUCGAUGGAAUCAAGAGUUGAAAAACAAUACGUUGAAAUUACUGUACUGUACUAAAUCUAAACAGUUGAAUGAAGAACACGCGUCCGUUUCAUCUCGUCAGAAAAUUAUAUCAGAUCACUCGGUAAAAAUGUCGGAAUUGUAUCUUCCAAACUGCACAGGAGUCCGUUAUUCUUGCGAUAGAGAAGUUAUGGGAUAUAUAAUACUAGGGGACUUUUCGUUCAGCCAAGCAAAGGGCAUCGGCAUCGGAUAUGUCGCAUUGCCUUCACUACUCAGAAUGAUUGAUGAAAAGUCUAACAUCGUUCUUGUCAGAAAUAUUCAAACACGACAAUACAGAUUAGCAAAAUUAAAUAUAUUGGGUGUUUGAUAUAGCGUAUUGUAUAUUUUAUAUAUUUUGUAUAUACAAUG